CCGGCACUUAAGCGAAAAAACACGCGUUCUUUGAAUUUCUUAAUAAUAUUAAAUUAAAAUGAAUUUACCCGAGAAAGUUGAGGUGGAAAAGGACAAGCUGCGUCAGAUGAACUGCGAGUUCAAUCCCUUGUCCCGCUGCGAUGGAUCAGUGAUGUAUAGCCAAGGUGCCACAGUGGUCAUAGCUGCUGUUCUGGGUCCGAUCGAGGUGAAGACCCAGAACCUCAGCAUAGAUGGCAGCUACCUGGAGUGCAAUUACCGACCGAAGGCGGGACUUCCCCAGGUUAAGGAGCGGAUUCGCGAGGCGGCCAUUCGGGACGUUCUGGAACUGGCCCUGCUGGCCGAGGCCCAUCCGCGAUCGAAGAUGUCCGUGCAGGUCCAAGAGCUGGAGGAUCGUGGCAGCAUUGAUGCCUGUGCUUUGAAUUCCGCCUGCCUUGCCAUGCUCGUUGGAGGCCUUCCACUGAAAUACAGCUUUGCCGCCGUCCACUGCAUCAUCAACGAGCAGGGAGAGUACGUCCUGGAUCCAGACCAAAGUGAGACACUCCAUCAGCGUGCCAGCUUCACCUUCGCCUUUGAUUCCGUCGAGGGAAACCUCCUGCUGGUGCAAACAAAAGGCGCCUUCAAAAUAGCCCAGUUCAACGAUAUCGAAUGCCUUUGCCGGGCGGCCAGUGCGGAGAUCUUUCAGUUCUAUCGCAAUCAGGUGGCCAAAUACCAUGGCAGAAGCGAGGCGAUAGCAGAGAAGGAGGGGGACACCUCCAUGGAGACGUAGUACAACCCAAAUAGCUAGU